AUGAAGACAUCUAUUGUGAUUGCGGCCGUGGGAUACCUAGGCUUGACAUGCUCCGCCUCGCCAGUACAUCGCCGGGAGUCAGGUGGUUGGAAAACCCAAGAGUGGGACGCAAUCGUAGUCGGUGCAGGAACAGCAGGUAUCAUUGUCGCCGAUAGGCUAAGUGAAGCGGGCAAGAAGACUCUUCUGCUCGAGAUAGGCGGACCCUCUUAUGGAAUUACCGGCGGAAGAGAGAGGCCUGCUUGGCUGAACGGCACUGAUUUGAGCAGAGUCGAUGUUCCAGGGCUUUACAAGAGCAUAUUCUCUGGUGGUUCGGAGUUAUUAUGUCCUUCGGAUGUAGUGAACGGAUUCCAGGCCUGUGCUAUUGGCGGCAAUAGCGCAAUAAAUGCCGGUCUCUAUUUCCAGCCUCCAGCCUCCGAUUGGGACUUAUAUCAUCCUGAUGGUUGGAAAAAUGAUGAUGUUCAAGCUGCAACCCAGAGACUGUUGCAGAGACAGCCUUCUGUUACAUCAUACUCGCCAGAUGGAAAGUUCUACUGGCAGACCGGCUGGGACGCAGCCGAGAGCUGGCUUGUAGACGGUGCCGGUUUCAAGAAUGUCUCUUUCAACGAAGUGCCGGAUGACAAAGCCCGCGUGUUUGGCCGCACCAACUACAAUUACAUUGACGGCCAACGUGGCGGCCCGACCAGGACCUACCUUCAAACUGCCUUGGCUCGCAGUAACUUCCGUCUUCAAACUGGAGUGCGUGUCAAAUAUAUCAACCAGGCUGGUGGAGUAGCUUCCAGUGUUGUCGUCGAAACAGCAGGUUCUUUGGUAGAGGUGCCCCUAUCUGCCUCCGGUAGAGUCAUCAUCAGCACGGGCGCGCUGCAAUCGCCAGCAAUCCUGAUGUUUUCUGGCAUCGGCCCUGCCGAUGCCCUCGAGAAACUCAAGAAUGCCUCUUUCACUCCCUAUAAUUCCUCGAACUGGAUCGUCAACUCGGCAGUCGGCGCGGAGCUAUUCGACAACCCAAACACAUUCAUUGAAUUUUCCGGACCCACCAUUGAAUCGCAUACACACGACUACAGCAACCCUGAACCUACAGACCGCGAUCAGUACCUGUCUUCCCGCAGCGGUCCCUACUCCUUUGCCUCUCAGACCUCGGCGUUCUGGGACUUUAUUCAUUAUGAGGAUGGCACGCAAGCUGGUCUCCAAGGCACAAUCGACUCUGCGGGUUACAGCGAUUUCAACGACAACAAGACAAUUACCCUCAACAUCUACGGCACGUCCGGCAUGCUGUCCACAGGUCGUGUGGUUCUAUCAGAUGACGGCAAGUUCGUACCCGGCCCAGAUUCCAAUGUCUACUACUCAGACCCACGCGACGCCGACUCCAUCGCCACGUUUAUCCACGACAUCUUCCAGUCUCUGCCCGCUUCGACGCCCGACUCGCCCGCCGCAGAAGGUCUCACGCCCAUGAACAUUGCGCAGAACUCCACCUUCGAGGAGAUCCGGACCUAUAUCACGACGCCAUCUGCCUAUGCCGUCGGUUCGGUGCAGCACUGGUCGAGCUCCUGCAGAAUCGGAUCUUGUGUGGAUGCGGACACCAAGGUCAUUGGAACUCAUAACAUCCAUGUUAUCGAUGCAUCUAUACUCGCGCCCCUGACGGUGAACCCCCAGUUCGGCACCAUGGUCGCCGGAGAGAAGGGAGCGGAGAGAAUCUUGGCUUUGGAUUCAUGA